UUUUGAAAGUGACCCUGGGCUCAGGCGCCUGGGGCGCUGGGAGAGGUCGCGGUGGCGGCGGGCGCAGUGGGAACCAUGACAGAAGAUGACCGAGGCGGCGCUGGUGGAGGGCCAGGUCAAGCUGCGGGACGGCAAGAAGUGGAAGAGUAGGUGGCUCGUGCUGCGCAAGCGGUCGCCGGUGGCAGACUGCCUGCUGAUGCUGGUCUACAAGGACCGGGCUGAGCGCACCAGGGGCCUCCGGGAGCGCAGCAGCCUGACCCUGGCAGACAUCUGCGGCCUGGAGCCCAACCUGCCCUACGAGGGCCUGGCCCACACACUGGCCAUCGUCUGCCUGUCCCAGGCUGUCAUGCUGGGCUUUGACAGCCGCGAGGCCAUGAGCGCCUGGGACGCCCGCAUCCGCUAUGCGCUUGGUGAGGUGCACAGGUUCCGUGUGACAGUGGCUCCUGGCACCAAGCUGGAGAGCGGCCCAGCCACCCUCCACCUCUGCAACGACGUCCUCGUCCUGGCCAGGGACAUCCCUCCGGCCGUCAUGGGGCACUGGAAGCUGUCGGACCUGCGGCGCUACGGGGCUGUGCCCAACGGAUUCAUUUUCGAAGGCGGGACCAGGUGUGGGUACUGGGCCGGUGUCUUCUUCCUGUCCUCAGCCGAGGGGGAGCAGAUCAGCUUCUUGUUCGACUGCAUUGUCCGCGGCAUCUCCCCGACUAAGGGCCCCUUUGGCCUGCGGCCAGUUCUCCCAGACCCGAGCCCCAGUGGGCCCUCAGCCAUGGAGGAGCGCUCGGCCCAGGAGGCCCUGGAAGCCUUGCAACUGGAAAAGCGGCUCAGCAUCCUGUCUCACGUGGGUCGGCCAGGCAGCGGAGGGGACGACCGCAGCCUGUCCAGCUCCUCAUCUGAGGCCAGCCACUCAGACAUCAGCACCAGCAGCCGGCUCGCCACCUGGCCUGAGCAGUUCUCGUCCUCAGCCAGCACGUCGCAGGAGGGCCUGGGGCUGGCGGCUGCCCAGGCCCCAGGGGAGGCUGGGCUGGGCACCUCGAGGCCACCUCCCAAGCCGCUGCGGCCACGGCAGCUGCAGGAAGUUGGCCGCCAGAGCUCUUCAGACAGCGGCAUUGCCACCGGCAGCCACUCCUCCUACUCGGGCAGCUUCUCGUCCUAUGCAGGCAGCAGCCUGGACAUGUGGCGGGCUGGUGAGGACCUCGGCUCGCUGCUCAGCCUGCCACUGCCGGCAGCUGGGGCACCUGAGCCCGGCCUGUGCGCCUGCCCGCCUGGGGCGGCCGAGUACCAGGUGCCCACGCCCCGGCGGCCGCACUACGACACGCCCCGCAGCCUGCGCCCAGCACCUGGGGACCAGAGCCCAGCUUCCCAGGGUGGCCCUGACCCGGGCUCGGCGGCAGAGCUGGGCAGCCAGAUGUCUGCGGGCUGCCCUUCCAGCUGGCUGGGCACGAAGCGACAGGGACAGGCGACAGAGGCCCCAGGCAGCGAGGCCGCACAGGCCAGCCCCUCCCCCGCCGAGCCCUGGGAAGCCAGCAGCCCCCACGCGGGGCCGCCUCCCGCUUUCUUUUCGGCUUGUCCACUCUGUGGCGGACUCAAGGGUGUGGCAGCCUCACCCCCGGGACUCACCCUGGCACAUCCAGGACUCCCAGGGCCAGGGUCUCCAGAGACGCCCGCCUACGUGAACAUCCCGGUCAGCCCCUCCUCCCGGCCGCAGCUGCACUACAUGGGGCUGGAGCUCCAGCAGGGCGGCACAGGCAUCCGAGGGGCCGCUACCUCCCGCUACGCGCAGAUCGACAUUGCAGCCACAGAGGCGGCGCAUCGAGCCGGGGCCCAGCACGCACAGGAGCGGCUGUCCGAGCUGCAGCAGCGCAGGAGAGGCGCCCCGCAGUGAGGCCCCGCGGGUGGGCAUCGAGCGGGGUGGCCUCUGUCUCAAAGUGCUCGCCGAGGCUGUGACGGGCAUCCUGGCUGC